UAAGUAAGAAAUUAAGUUAAAUGAGGYAAAAUUUAUCCAGCCAAAAGGGUCUUUAAACCAUCCAUUACCUAUGAUUUGGUAUCACAUACAGUUCUUGGGAAAUUUCGGGAGGGAUCCUUGGCUAAGAAGUAUUGGAAUGUUAGAAGUCAGAUAUUCCUCAUACUAAUUCAGCACAGACUUUUAUCCUGCCUGACAGCAAUUUCAAACAUGUGUCACAUUUCUCAAGUUGCCUCUUAUCACUAGAGAGUAACAUGGUCUGUGAUAGAGGGUGACACAACUAUGAAAGUCAUUCUUSCUCAAUUGUCUCUAUCAGACUACAAGGAUGGGAGCUUUGAUGCCCAGCCAAGUAAUUGUCUGGGAAAGGGAAAUAAAUUCCAGUAACUCGCAUCUUCCUUACCCUGACCUUCGAGAAAAAUUCAGCUGCUUAUGGUUUUUAUCACUCAGCCACUCCUACUUUGGCAUAUUCCCUCCAUGGAAGUGUUAACAAACAAAGCAAUUAAGAUGAUACUUAACUGUCUGGGGAAAUAAAAAGGAAAAAGAGAAAUAUUCCAGAUAACAAAACAGCACAUUUUUUAUUUAGCAUAGUGCACAUUCAAGAGGUAAAAUAAAGGUGCCAAAUUCUUAAUAGAUUUGCAGCCGUUUUCAAGCAUCACUUGAUUUAUCAGUAUGUGUACAGACACACAAACAUAUAUAUUUUUCUAUUACAAAAUGCAUUCUCUGGGUACUUGUCAUUUUGGCUUGACAGAAGUAAAAAUUGGUUCACUCCCUCUUGUUUCUGUUUGGAGGGUUAGUUUCUUAAAAACUUUCAGUCCUCUUUCAGGGAGGUGAAGGUGACAAAAUCUAGGUAAAAGGAAGAUUUCCUUUGUGUGUGUCUUAAAAAAAAAAAAAACAAAAAAACAAAAAAACAAAACCAAAAACUGAGCAGUCUCUGUAAUUCUUACCUAUAUGGAAGCUUUAAAAGUUCUGAAUCUUGAAUCAUACAACAUUCAAUCAUUUAGUUCUUUUCUGAAAUCUGUGUAAUAUUUCUACCUGUUAGUGAGCCAGUCCCCUGUGGGACAACAAACAUUUCUAUAAUACAAGACAGCAAAAAAACAGCCAAGUACAGUUUUUAAGAAUAUGAACUAUUGUAAGAGAAUAAAAAUAUAUUCUGGUACACAAAUUGAAGGAUAAUCAAUUAGUAGCCGUGCAGCUAUCAGUAACCUGUCUAGGAGGAUCCAAGUUCUGCAUUUCUUGCAGGUGGAAUGGUCUGUUUUAGACCUUGCUCUCAUCAUUUCCCUUUGUCUUUCUUGGUCUAUAGGGACRUGCCUGUACCUCAUGGCUGAAACUCAGGAAGGACAUGGGAAAUAGGGAAUUGGCUCAUCUACAAGUGUAUUGAAGAGCUGCUGCUGUUAAAGCUUUUGAAAUGGAGGUUAUACCUGCUGAGAGAAUUGUUGCACAGAUUGGAGACACACUCGUAUUGACAUGCAAUGCUACUGGCUGUGCAUCACCGAGUUUUUCCUGGAGAACACAAAUGGAUAACCCCCUUGGAGGAAAAGUGAGCCACCACAGGACAUACUCUACCUUGACUAUGAAUCCAGUUAGCAGUGUGAAUUCUCAUGAAUAUCUGUGUACUGUCAUAUGUGAUGAGAAAAAGAAAAAAGAGAAGAGUGUCAAAGUUGAACUUUACUCUUUCCCCAGUGAUCCUAUCAUUGAGAUCAGCCCAUCCUUAGUUGCUGGAAAACCAGCCACUGUCAUCUGCAAAAUUCCUGAUGUGUAUCCUUCUUCUCACCUGGAAGUUGUCCUAAUGAAAGAUAAACAUAUUCUUCAUGAGACAAACUUUUAUGCAGAUGACAGCACAAACACAGAAACSAAAAUUGUGACAUAUUCAUUUCAUCCCACGGUUGAAGAUAUUGGGAAAGUGAUUAGUUGUGUGGCCAGGUUGCCAAUUGCYAAUAUGGAUUUUGAGCCCAAAGAAAGAACAUCUUCUCAGAAACUUAAUGCAAAUUUUGGUCCACAAAAUACAAUCAUUACUGCAUCUCCAGACAACUCACCAAUGGAAGGAGGCUCUCUAAACCUCACUUGUGUGACUCAGAGUAACCCACCACCAAAAAUAGUUUGGAGAAAAUAUUUGGCUGAAGAAAGCAUUCAGCAUCUGAUAAAAAACGAUGUCCUUUCUAUUCCCCAUGUCCGUUUCAAUGAUUCGGGACGGUACAUCUGUGAAGUAAYUAAUGUGGUAACUAAUAAAACAGAGAAAGCAACUGUGGACAUUAUUAUACAAGGUGCUCCAGUCAUUACAAAACUCUCCAUUGAACCUUCUACAACAGUUCAAGAAGGAGAAAAUGUUUCCAUACAAUGUUCUGCUGAAAGUAACCCUCCUCCCAAGAUUAUUUUAAGGAGAAAAUCUGACAAUUCUGGCAUAAGGCCUUACAGUGUCAGGAGUAUUCUUCUUCCAUCUGUGACAUUCCGAAAUGGAGGAGACUAUGAAUGUGUAGCAGAAAAUAAGUUUGGAAACAGUAAAAGUGAAAUAACACUUAAUGUGAAAUAUGGACCAAAGAACACAGUGAUCACUGUUAUCCCAACUGCUGCUGUUAAAGAAGGAGAAACUGUGACAAUGAAAUGUACUAGUUCUGGUAAUCCAGCUCCUGUGAUCUCUUGGAAGAAGAAGCUGGUCACCGGGGAGUCUGUGAAAAUAUCUGAAAACGCAACUUUGACCAUACARGACUUGAAAAGUGAAGAUCUGGGGCUUUAUGAAUGUGAAGCUUAUAAUCAGUAUGGCAAGGAAGAAAAAGCUGUGAAAUUAUAUGUUCAAGCAAGAUUGGAAAAAGCAGAUCAGAUUAUACCGUUUAUUAUUGCAUUCUCAUCUGUAGCAGCAGUAGCAGUACCUGCAGCUGCAAUUUUGAUCUACGUGUCAAGACAAGCAAAGAUCAAUGGAUCCUACAGUCUUGUAAAAGCACUCAGGUUGAAAGUGUGAYCAUGUGAAUAUAAAUCUUUAGUUGAUAAUAAGCAAAUUUAUUUAUUGCUGUGACUGGUUCUACUCUUUUGUAACAUAUGGUAACAAGUGACUUAAGAACAGCACCAUGUGAUAGCAAACUGGUUUUUUUCAUGCUUUGAUAAGUGUUUUGGUAUUCAAAUUAAAGGAAGAGCUAGAGUUCUGUCCUAGAAAUUGGUAAAUCCCUUCUGUGUUGAAGCAUGCUGAACAAAGAGUUCCGUGGAGAACUAGGUUUGUACAUAGUGUAUAAUUUGUSUUAUAAAUAUGUUCAACUAAAUAUCAGUUUGUAAAACUGAAGUCUUAYUGCAACUGUACAGAGAAAUUUUGCUGGUUCAAAGAUAUAAAUCAAUAUUGUUUGAGCUGAUCAGGUGAUUUUUAUUUUGUACUCUGCAGCAUGAAUGCUUUUUAUAUAAUUUGUCUGGUAGUUGUAAUGUUUGGAAAAUGUUCUCUUUUCAUUGAUAUUGCCAUAAACUCUGUACCUUCAAUGAAGUUACAGUCACUGGGCUAUGCAUUUCUAACAAAUUUAAACUAACUUAAGACCUUGARGCUCAUUUGUGAAACAUUUUAUUGUAAAUAUGAUUCAAAAAAUGUCUGGGGUUAUAAUUAAUAAGUUCUAGGACUGCUAAGGUGUUUUUGCAGGCUUUAAUAAUUCACAAAUCAGUGUAAGAAUUCCGUUAUUUUGUGCUGAGCCAAAKCAGACCUUUCUUGUAAAAUAAAAGCUAAUUGUAGAUACACUUUACAGAUUUCCACAGCAAAAUAAAACUGCCAGUGUAUAUCUUUGACUAAAUCCCCCUUGUGAU